AUGCGACCGUUGCAAGCAAGGCCGUCCGCGGACCGGUCCGCGCGGAGGCUUCCGCUUACGCUGGCGGAGGCGGCGCCCUCUGCCCUCCGGCCUCUCAUUCUAGCAGCAGCGCUGGUGGCAGCAUCAGCAGCAGCACUGCUGGGGUGGAGCCCCCUUCGUCCCAUCGCCUCUCUCCCUCCGCCUGCUUAUGCCGCUGCUGUUCAGGUAUGGUGUGGUGGUGGUGGUGGUGGUGGUGGUGGUGGUGGUGGUGGUGGUGGUGGUGGUGGUGGUGGUGGUGGUGGUGGUGGUGGUGGUGGUGAUGCUGCUGCUGCUACUGCUACUGCUGCUGCUGCUGCUGUUCAAAUCCCCCUGGCCGUGCAAGAGGCCAAGCCCCUGGGACGCCUGUCCAAGCGUGCUCGCCUGCUGUACUGGUUGGACAACCUGUUUGCCACGGAGCCCAACAGCAAGGUGGGCCCUCUCGCCGCUGGCGAUCUGCAUGCUGCUGACUGCAGUGGGCAGGGUGCUCUACAAGGCAGCAGCAGUGUGAUGCGAUGUGGUGUGGCCCUCACGCUGCUGGCGAUCUGCAUGCUCUUAACAGCAGUGGGCGGGGUGCUGUAUAAGGCAGCUGCCGUGGCGUCCAAUGACGACCUGCCACUUGGCGAGUCCGUGCCUCGGGUCCGAAGCGUGUGUGGUGGUGAGUGCAGUGGUGUCGGUGGGAGGGAUGCUCCUCUUUGCUUGCUGGUGGGUCUGGCAUUCUGGUUCCCUCCCUCUCCUCCCCUUUCCCCUCUUCUACAGGCCUCGGGUCCGAAGCGUGUGGUGAGCGCGGUUGUGUCGGUGGGGGGAAUGCUCUUCUUUGCGUUGCUGGUGGGUCUGGCAACGGACCUGGUGGCGAGCAAGGUGGAUCAGCUGGAGCAGGGCAACGGGGCGGUCAUAGAGAGCAACCACACGCUUGUGCUGGACCCCCAAAAGCAUUCCCUUGUGAAAGCGCUGGUGGAAGCAGGGGAGCGGCCGCUGGACCCCCAAGACCAUUCCCCUGGUGAAGGCUCUGGUGGAAGCGGGGGAGCGGCCAUCGGUGGUGGUUCUGGCAGAGAGGUAGAGUCGACUCAAGAGCCACCUCUGUUCUUCUCUGCUCCGCUCUUAGUUCACACUUGUUUUUUCCUCCCCCCGUCAGGUUGGACCCCCAAGACCAUUCCCCUGGUGAAGGCUUUGGUGGAAGCGGGGGAGCGUUUGAAUGACCUCUGUUUCCUCCUGAUACCCCAAUCCCGAACCUCACUCCCUUUCCCGCUUUCAGGCUGGACCCCCAAGACCAUUCCCCUGGUGAAGGCUCUGGUGGAAGCGGGGGAGCGGCCGUCAGUGGUUGUUCUGGCAGAGAGGGAGAGUCUGGAGAUGGAUGGAGAAUUGCUGGAUGCUGUACCGGUGAGUGAGACGCGGCGUGGUGACCCGCUGAAAGCAGCCGGCCUCAAUCAGCCACUUCUCCGCCUCCCAGGCAUUCUCCCUACUUCCCCUUGCCCAUCCCUCCCCACCUCCUCUCACCAGGUGAUGACUCGUCGCGGUGACCCCCUGAAGGCAGCUGAUCUCAACCGCUGCUCCGCCUCCAAGGCAGCGUCCAUCGUCAUCCUCUCGCCCCAGCUGGCCUCUCGCCAGCAGGCGGACGCUCAGGUGAAAGCAACAGAUGCUCAGGUGCUGCAAACAGCCAUGGCACUAGCGGUACUUCCUGAAAUCCAGGGUGACGUGGUUGCUGAGCUGGCAUGCCCCGAGAACACGAUGCUGCUGGGGAAGCUGCAUGCGAGCCUGAUGAAGCGAUUGGAUAAGGCCAGGCAGCAGCACAUGCAGGGGACAUCAUCUGAGGCUGCUCGUGUGGUCACCCAUGCGGGAUCAGCAGCCACUGCCAUCACCACUGCACCAUCUCCCUCCGAUGCUGCUACCACUACUGCCACAACAACCCCCUCCUCUUCCAUCCCCACCACCACUGAAAGCACCGCAGCUCCUGCUGUCCCUGCCACUACCAGCCACGCUUCGCCGGCCGGCCAAGCGAGGGCUGCCUCGUUUGGUUCGUCCUCUUCUGCAGGGCAGAGGCGGCGCAAGCUGGUGCCUGUGGAGACGGGCGGCAUGGCCCUGAGAGGGCUGGUGGACCUGGCGCUACAGCCGGCCAGCCAUGCUGUGACGGCUGAGCUUCUGAGGUUUCAAGGAGCGGAAUUCCAAUUCAAGGAAUGGAAGGAGCUUGAGGGUCGCACCUUCGCAGAGGCAGUGUUUAUGUUUGAAGAUGCCGUGCCGUGUGGCGUGCAGCAGAUGGUGGGCACGGAGGAUGAGAGGACUCUGAUCAACCCGUCCGGUGACACUGUGAUUGAGCCCGGGGACCGUCUGCUGGUCAUUGCUGAGUCAGCAGACAGCUACGCGCCACGUAAGCCGACCGCUGAGUCAGCAAAGGAGCGCGAGCUGGCGGAGAAGCGGCUGGCUUCCUUCGCGACGCCGUGGCACUACGACAGCCUGCCACGUGGCAACGUGAGGCGCCGCCACAACGUGCUGAUUGCGGGCGAGUGGAGGGAUGACGUGGCAGAGGCUCUCCUGCUGCUCGGUUCCAAGCUGGCUCCCCACCACGGGCAUCUUGGAUCAAUGGCCGAUCUGGAAAGGGUUCCUCUAGAAGCCUUCGAUACUGUUAUCGUGCUCGCCCCUCGCUCGCACCAAGCCUCACCCACCGACCAGCCGCAGACGCGUGACGACGAGGGGGGGGCGGAGCGAGGGGAGGGUGCUAGUGGUGGGGGUGGGGAGGGGGGAGAGGGGGUGCUCAUGCCGUCUGCUUCUGUAACAGCUAUGAUGAUUCGGACGAUUCAGAGGGAGCGGGGGCAGGCAGGGGCGACGGUGCUUGCAGAGAGUGAUUUUGCGGUGGAGGGGAGGGGAGAGGGAGGGGAGGAGGGCGGGGGAGAGGGGGAGGGGAAAGGGGUGGGAGGGGUGGCGGCAGCGGCGGCGGCAGUGGAGGGGGAUAUCGGGAAGGAGGUGCAGGGGAGGUGGUUGACGGAUAGUAUUGAUACGAAUGCGGUACAUGCGAGGAUUCUGGCUCAAACUGCCAUGGACCCAGAUGUCGGUGGCGUAUUGGACGAGAUCGUGAGCGGGGCGGGUUCGUCGCUCUCACUGGAGGAUGCCACUUCUUUCCUCGUGGACGGCGAAGCCCUCUCCUUCUUCGACCUGCAGGUGGGCUGCUGCCUUGCACCCUCACUCUGA